GCAAAGGAGGUAAAAAACAUAGACAAUGCAUUGGCUCCCAUUAGAAAUUCAUGGAAACAAACAGGGGUGUCCAUCAUUUCAGAUGGAUGGAAGGAUACCAAAAAUCGGCCAUUAAUUAAUGUAAUUGCAGUGUGCCCUAAAGGGGCAAUGUUUCUGAAAGCUGUGGAUUGUGAGGGACAGAUGAAGGAUGCACAAUUUAUUGCUAACAUCCUUAUACAAUGCAUUCAGGAUGUGGGACCUCAAAAUGUUGUCCAAGUAAUAACGGACAAUGCAAAGAAUUGUAGAGCUGCAGGUAUGUUGAUUGAGACACGGUUUGAACACAUAUUUUGGACACCUUGUGCUGUCCACUCUCUCAACCUCAUGCUACAAAAGAUAGGCAGGAAAAUAGAUUGGAUCAAACAAAUUUAUGUUGAGGCUGAAGAGAUCCAAAUGUUCAUCACAAACCAUAACAUGUCACAGGCCAUUUUCAGAUCAUUUUCACAGUUGGAGUUGCUAAAGGUUGCCGAGACCCGAUUUGCAUCCAACACAAUCGUCUUGAGGCGACUUGUGAAGGUGCGACAGCCACUUGCUAGCAUGGUAAUUAGUCAAAGUUGGUCCCUAUGGAGGCAAUCCAAUACUGAAAGGGCAGCAAAUGUAAAGCGCAUGAUCCUAGAUGACACUUGGUGGGAUCGAGUGGAAUAUCUUUUGAGUUUCACUGAGCCCAUCAUGAGUAUGAUCCGUUAUACUGACAUGGAUCACCCAUGUUUGGGAGAGGUAUAUGAUGGCAUUGACUCGAUGAUUGAGAAAAUGAAAGCCAUCAUCAAUGCAAAAGAGCAAGAUCCCGAAGAAACUUUCUUCAAAGAGGUUCAAUCAAUUUGUGUUGAGCGGUGGAACAAAAUGACCACCCCACUACAUCUUCUUGCAUUUGCAUUGACUCCCAAAUUUUAUAGUGAUGAAAUGCUUGCUAAGCCAUCAAGGGUACCACCAUAUAGAGAUUCAGAAGUCAGUGAAGGGUGUAGGACAGCACUUACUAAACUCUUCCCAGAUUCUGAAAUGGAGGAUUUAAUGACAAGUGAGUUUGCUGAUUUUGUAGCCUCCAAUGGUCAAAGUGUUUCCGCUCUCCGUGACAAGUAUAAAAAGGAUUCUCAUGCUUGGUGGUACCUCAAUGGCCAUACAUCACCAAACCUUCAAACUCUUGCAAUCAAAGUUUUAUCGCAAGUUGCUAGUUCCUCUUCAUCUGAGCGAAAUUGGAGCACAUACUCCUUUAUCCACUCAGUGAAACGCAACCGACUGGCAGCAAGUAAGGCAGAAGAGCUCGUUUAUGUGCAUUCAAACUUGCGCCUUCUUACUCAUAAACAAAAUGAGUAUAAGGAUGGGAGCACAAAGUUUUGGGAUGUAGAUCCAGAGCGAACUGAUUUGGAUUUUUCAGCUGCCACACAAUCUUUACUUUCUGGGGAGUCUGAUAGCCAAUGUGCUGCUAGUGCAAGUGGCAGUGAGGCUGCAUGUGGUUCCAGUACUCUACCUACAUCAUCUAAUGUCAAUGAUGAUGUUGAUCUUGAUCUUCCUAGUGACCCAUAUGAUGCUAUUGCUGAUUAUUAGUUGUGUCAUUUUAUUGUUGAACGGUUGAGCCAGUGAACAAUGAAUUCGAUAUCUAUCAUAACAUUCAAAGUUUGUAAUUUUGUUAUAGACUUAUAGUUAUAUCAAUAUGAAUCAUAUAUGAUAGUUCCAA